CGUGAAGCGGCCUGCAGUGCGUCCCGGCUGGUGCGGCUCCUACCUCCCUUCACGACGCCGUCGCUGCUCCUCGAAGCCUCUUGACGCGACCGCCUUUCUCGCCGAGCCGGACCCGACUAUGGCUGACCAGCUGACUGAAGAACAGAUUGCAGAAUUCAAGGAGGCCUUCUCCCUCUUUGACAAGGAUGGCGAUGGAACCAUCACCACCAAGGAGCUUGGCACUGUGAUGAGGUCUCUGGGACAAAACCCCACUGAGGCAGAACUGCAAGACAUGAUUAACGAGGUGGAUGCGGAUGGGAAUGGCACAAUCGACUUCCCAGAGUUCUUGACCAUGAUGGCAAGGAAGAUGAAGGACACAGAUAGCGAGGAAGAGAUCAGGGAGGCGUUCAGGGUGUUUGACAAGGAUGGGAAUGGCUACAUCAGUGCAGCAGAGUUGCGCCACGUGAUGACAAACCUUGGAGAAAAGCUCACAGAUGAAGAAGUGGAUGAAAUGAUACGGGAAGCUGAUAUUGAUGGAGAUGGGCAGGUCAACUAUGAAGAGUUUGUGCAGAUGAUGACCGCAAAGUGAAGCCUGCAGACUGGGUGGCUGGCAAGGCCCGUUCUCCUUCGAUACUUUCUCCAACACACUCUCUCUACUUAAGUAACCUGGUUCUAUAAGCAAACAAAUCGGCUGUGGAAUAAAUCUGACCAAGCAAUUAAAAAAAAAACACCUUCCCAAGCUGCAUGAUUGCACUCAUCUCUCCCUCCUCUUUUCGCUUUUCCCCUUCCCUCCCUCCUUCCCUCUCUUCUUCCGUCCCUUCCUAGGAGAAUCCUCUAAAAUCCCCUGAGAGCCCCCCAGCCUUGUGGAUGUCUUCGUUUCCAUUGGGUAUUCUGUUCUGUAGUCAGAGCUGGCCCAUAUCUCAGGGUGCAGAUUCUUUCUCUUUCUUUCAAGAAUCCACAUGAAGGGGUGGAGAGAGUGCAAAAUCUUCUCAAUCAUGUUGCAUGUGUCUGGGCACUGUAGUUGUGCGCGUUGACAUGGCAGUCACCACUGAAGGUCUUGCCCCAAGGAACACCGGGGGUACAAGUAAGAAAUCGUUUGUUUUUUCUUUCCUUAGUUUUCUUUGGGUGGGAGGGGGAGUUAUCCCACCAUCUGGAUGUAUAUGGCUGAAGGUGGAUUCCAUCAGCAUGACCCAGAGGAGAGGCUGAUCGAAGAGAGGGGGGCAAGUGUCCCAACACUGUCCAAUUGGCGCUUUUCAAAACACCCACCAACCCAACCACCCAAAACUUCAAUCUUCUGUCUCUGUUCUUAACCCUGUAUAAAUUGUAAAUGUCCUUACAGUUUCCUAAGCAUUGUGUCAGACAUCAGAGCUGCUAUGUACAUAUCUGAUGCUACAGCCUCUAGGGUGCGCCCUGCGUGUGGUAACGGCGGAUGCUUUUGGCUGGCAGCUUGGGAGGGGGUGCAUUGGAGUGGAAUCGCAAUAAAACAGUGAAGCCUCCGCUGAGUGAAUGCCAACUGCGCCAGAACACCCUUUUCUCCCCCCUCCCCCCCUCGUGCAAUGCUUUUUUUUCUUCCGUAGUGGCUCGCGACUUAACGCCUCUGACGCACCUUGGCUUCGGUGUCUGUGCUCUUUGCUGUGGCUUCCUCCGCCUUUUCCCCUUCUUUCCCCCCUCCCCGCUCUUCCUCCCCUCUCCUUGCGGCAAACAGCAUGAGCUGCAAAUUUUGCUUCUCUUUUUCUUUUUCUUUUUUAAUCAAAUAAAAAGAUGUUUGGGGUUUUUUUGGAGAGGCAAUUGAAACGAGAAGCAGAAUUCUCCUGAAACUGGACGGGAGAGUGCUUUGUGCCGCCCGCGGCAGGCCCGACUUCGCUCCUUCCGGUUUCUUGCCUUCUGCACUCGGCCGUGUCAGCGGAGGGGGCUUGCCGAAGAGCGUGGGGAAGGUUGGAGCAAGAAUGUCUUUGAAAGCAGGUGGCGUUUGUUCAGUUCAAGCUGUGAAAAUAAAAUUAUAUCAAUGUUUUCCAAUAAAAUGCAGUGACUACCUGA